GUCACGCUGCCAGUCUUUGUUUUCCUGGGUGUUCCCUAAUGAGCUCACUUCCCCUUAGGCACUUCACCAUAGGCACUUUAAUUCCGCUAGUCUGGUUGUGUCUUCACAGUAAUUGCACUCCAAUUAGAAUCGCACAGGUGUUGACAAUACUCUGUCAUUAGUUUCCCUAUAUAGAGCUGUCUUUCUCUGUUGUCUUCAUGGAGUCCUUACCCUAUGUGUCUCAUGCUCUCGUUCCCCCGAGACUUCCUCUACCUUCUCAUUCUUCCGAGUUCCCCGUUUCAUCCGGUUCCCUCUUUUGGUUAUGUUUGUCUCUCAUGACUGUUUAUUUUUGUAGUUACCCCUCUGUUUAAAUAAAAACCCUUACCUGCAUUUGGAUCUACCCUCUCUUUGUGUUUUCCCAAACCCAACCGUGACAGAAGGACUCCAUCAUGCCUAGAUCCAGCGGUGUGAGAUUUCGAAUCGGUUCCCCAGCCACCAUGGAGGAACGGAGGGGGAGAGUCCGGAACUUAACCACCCUUCAUCAAGAAGGAAGGGAGGUGGGUGGCCUGGCGCAAUUGUUUUGGACUUUGGCAGUCGGGUUAGGUUACAAUGAUGCAGCACUAAAGGAUUGGUUUAAUAAUUGCCUGGAUGAUCCUUUACCUCAAUGGGAGAUGAAGGGGUUAGAGAUCCUGGACUUUUGGGGGUUUACCAAUUACCUGCACCAUCGUGCUCAGUGGAAUGCAACAACCACACCAGAGUUUCCAGACAAGGCUGCCAGCUCAGCCCCACAACCCAAGAUGGCCACCAGCCCAGCCCCACAGCCCAAGAUGGCCGCCAGCCUAGCGCCACAGCUCAAGAUGGCCGCCAGCCCAGCACCACAGCACAAGAUGGCCGACUCAACGCCACCGACUCUCCAUCGUAGAGGGCGGAGGAGGAGACAGGCAGCUACUGUUCCUCAGGACCCGGAGAACGCUCCCGAGCGGGCGGCUGCCGUCCAUGAGGCCAUUCCCGAUGCGGUGCCCGCUGCUGUUCCGGAGGCGGUGGCCGAGGCUGUUCCCGAUGCGGUGCCCGCCGCUGUUCCGGAGACCGAGGCGGUGGCCGAGGCCGUUCCCGAUGCGGUGCCCGCUAAUGUUCCGGAGGCCGAGGCGGUGCCCGAUGCAGUCUCCGAGGCGGUGCCCGAUGCAGUUCCCGAGGCGGUGCCCGAUGCUGUUUCCGAGACCGAGGCUGUUCCCGAGAAGGUGCUCGAUGCUGUUCGAGAGGCCGAGGCAAUGCCCGAUGCUGUUCCCGAUGUGGUGCCCGCUGCGGUUCUGGAGGCCGAGACGGUACCCGCUGCUGUUCCGGAGGCCGAGGCGGUGGCCGAGGCCGUUCCCGAUGCGGUUCCCGUUGCUGUUCUGGAGGCCGAGGCGGUGCCCGCUGCUGUUCCGGAGGCCGAGGCGGUGACCGAAGCCGUUCCCGAUGCGGUUCCCGUUGCUGUUCCGGAGGCCGGGGCGGUGGCCGAGGUCGUUCCCGAUGCGGUGCCCGCUGCUGCUCCGGAGGCCGAGGCUGUUCCCGAGGCGGUGCCUGAUGCAGUUCCCGAGGCGGUGCCCGAUGCAGUUCCCGAGGCGGUGCCCGAUGCUGUUCCCGAGGCGGUGCCCGAUGCAGUUCCCGAGGCGGUGCCCGAUGCAGUUCCCGAGGCGGUGCUUGAUGCAGUUCCCGAGGCGGUGCCCGAUGCUGUUCCCGAGGCGGUGCCCGAUGCUGUUCCCGAGGCGGUGCCCGAGGCUGUUCCCGAGGCGGUGCCCGAUGCUGUUCCCGAGGCGGUGCCCGAUACAGUUCCCGAGGCGGUGCCCGAGGCUGUUCCAGAGGCGGUGCCUGAUACAGUUCCCGAGGCGGUGACCACAAGGCCGUGGUGGUCUUCUACUCCGCCCUGGGGGACUCUGGCGGUGACCACGAGGACGUGGUGGUCGUCCGCUCCACCCUGGGGGACUCGGGCGGUGACCACGAGGACGUGGUGGUCGUCCGCUCCGCUCUGGGGGACUCCGGCGGCGACCAUGAGGACGUGGUGGUCUUCUGCUCCGCCCUGGUGGACUCCGGCCUCGACCACAAAGACGUGGUGGUCUUCCGCUCCGCCCUGGAGGGCUUUGACUUUGACCACAAGGCCGUGGUGGUCUUCCGCUCCGCCCUGGUGGACUCCGGCCUCGACCACAAAGAUGUGGUGGUCAUCUGCUCCGUCCUGGUGGACGCCUCAACAUGCCCUUCAUGGACUUAUGUUUUGUGUUUUUUGAGUUCUGUUUCUGUCUGUUCCUUUUAGUUUAGUCUGGCCCUCCUUCCCUCCCCCUGAGCCUCCACCUGUCCGCCUCCCUCCUGGACUCCUUGUUUUGUGUUGCACCUUUCCAUUCCUCCUGGUUGCUCCUGUCCCUGUUUUCUGUCCCUCCGUCCCUCCCCCUGGUCCGCCGCCGUUUCACCUCCCUCCUGCCUCUUUUUCUGUUGGGGUUUUCCUGGGUUUAGGUGGAGCAUCUGGUAGCUGCUCCGUAGGGAGGGGGUAAUGUCACGCUGCCAGUCUUUGUUUUCCUGGGUGUUCCCUAAUGAGCUCACUUCCCCUUAGGCACUUCACCAUAGGCACUUUAAUUCCGCUAGUCUGGUUGUGUCUUCACAGUAAUUGCACUCCAAUUAGAAUCGCACAGGUGUUGACAAUACUCUGUCAUUAGUUUCCCUAUAUAGAGCUGUCUUUCUCUGUUGUCUUCAUGGAGUCCUUACCCUAUGUGUCUCAUGCUCUCGUUCCCCCGAGACUUCCUCUACCUUCUCAUUCUUCCGAGUUCCCCGUUUCAUCCGGUUCCCUCUUUUGGUUAUGUUUGUCUCUCAUGACUGUUUAUUUUUGUAGUUACCCCUCUGUUUAAAUAAAAACCCUUACCUGCA